AGUAAAAUGUUUUAAAAAUCAAGAGUCAGAACAUCGAGAGGCUUUUUACCAUUUUAUUUAACUGUAGGCACAAAAUGUCUAAGCUUGCCAAGGUGUUCAGACAACAGGCUACUGUUAAAAUAAUUCAAACUUUUAAGAGCUGAUCUUUUUUAAUUAGGCGUUUCAGUUAAAAAAUUCCUAUAUGGUGACAGUACAAUUGUUUGUCUCUGGGCACUCCUGUGGAGUCUGUCAGCAGGACAGGAGCUGUGUUUGGCUCUGUUCUUGUGUGGGAUGAGCUGGGUUCCUCUUGAUAAGGCUGCUGUGUAAGAAAUCAGUUAAUUGUUAGUUUGCUAAUAUUCUAGCAGCAUUUUUGAGGAUAGGCCUGUGUGGGAAAAGCCAACAGCGAAACUUCGGUGUGGUGAUCUUUUGCUGUAGCUGUCAUGUGAGCCAUUUUGGGUGAUAUCUGUCCAAGGGGUGUCACCACAGGGGCUGAAUGAGAAGCUCUGUGUCCUUGCACAGGCAGGCCUUGGCAGUGAACAGCAUUUCAGACUGGUUGGGAGCUUUGUCUUCCUCUCUCUGUGACCUCUGGUACAUUGCUUACAUGCUCAUGGUUGUUUCCUAGUUAAACACUUCUCUACCAGGGAAAUUAUUUUUUUAAUGUUUUUGGAGACGCUCAAGGUUACACUGGACGCUGAUCUCAUCACAUCUUCUUUGAUUAGAUGAUGUUGAGCAGAUUCUCCCAAUAUAAAUUAUUCUAUGAUUCCGUCAUUAAUGCAGGAAUUCAUAAGUGACAACACUGUUUGGAUUCUGCAGAAAGACAACUCAUAUUUUAUAACAAGCUCAGGGCACUAAUCUAGGUACAAAUGCUGCUCAUACUGUAUAUUUUUUCUGCUUUAAAACUGCAGGCUCAACUGAUGCUUGCAUGUCAACACCUGUCCCCAUUAUCUGUCCUUAUUUGUGUCAUUCCCUUCUGCCAAAGAGCUUGGCUCCACUGCAAAAUAAUCCCCCUCCAGGGGCACUGAAGGCAAAAAUCUAUACAAGUUCCUUGGCAGUUUUGAGCAGAGAGUGAGCAGCUUUCAUGCAGGGUGGAGGAAUCUGAGGCCUUUCUCUGUCAGCACUGCAGACCAGGUCGCCUCUGAUUUCACAUCUCAUUUCCGCCUGCCAAGCUGUCUGAUAUGUCGGGACCCGUGCCGAGCAGGGCCAGAGUUUACACGGAUGUGAACACACACAGACCCCGGGAGUACUGGGACUACGAGUCGCAUGUUGUUGAGUGGGGAAAUCAAGAUGACUACCAGCUAGUUCGAAAAUUAGGCCGAGGCAAAUACAGUGAAGUAUUUGAAGCCAUCAACAUUACAAAUAACGAAAAAGUAGUUGUUAAAAUUCUCAAGCCUGUUAAAAAGAAGAAAAUCAAGCGUGAAAUCAAGAUCUUAGAGAACUUGCGAGGCGGUCCCAAUAUAAUCACCCUUGCAGAUAUAGUAAAAGAUCCUGUGUCUCGAACACCCGCUCUGGUUUUUGAACAUGUAAACAACACAGACUUUAAGCAAUUGUACCAGACAUUAACAGAUUAUGAUAUUCGAUUCUACAUGUAUGAGAUUUUGAAGGCUCUAGAUUACUGCCAUAGCAUGGGAAUCAUGCACAGAGAUGUCAAACCUCACAAUGUCAUGAUUGACCACGAGCACAGAAAGCUUAGACUAAUAGACUGGGGUUUGGCUGAAUUCUAUCACCCUGGCCAAGAAUACAAUGUCAGAGUGGCUUCCAGAUAUUUCAAAGGACCUGAACUUCUUGUAGAUUAUCAGAUGUAUGAUUACAGUCUGGAUAUGUGGAGCUUGGGUUGCAUGUUGGCUAGUAUGAUAUUCCGAAAGGAGCCAUUUUUCCAUGGCCAUGACAACUAUGAUCAGCUGGUGAGGAUAGCCAAGGUGCUGGGGACAGAAGAUCUGUAUGACUACAUUGACAAAUACAACAUUGAACUGGAUCCACGUUUCAAUGACAUCUUGGGCAGACACUCCCGUAAGCGAUGGGAGCGCUUUGUCCACAGUGAGAACCAACAUCUGGUGAGUCCAGAAGCUCUGGAUUUCUUAGACAAGCUGCUGCGAUACGAUCACCAGUCACGACUCACAGCGAGAGAAGCCAUGGAACACCCCUACUUCUAUCCCAUUGUGAAAGACCAGGCUCGGAUGGGCCCAUCCAACAUGCCAGGUGGCAGCACUCCUGUCAGCAGUGCAAGCAUGAUGUCAGGGAUUUCUUCAGUGCCAACACCUUCACCCCUUGGACCUCUAGCAGGCUCACCUGUCAUCUCUGCCACCACCACCCUGGGGAUGCCGGUUCCAGCUGCUGCGGGUGCCCAGCAGUAGUGACGGGCUCUGUCUCCUGCUGCCUGAGCUGAGUCAGGUGGGGAAGAGGUUUCCCCCUCCACCUCUCCUCAGGACGCAGCUCGUGCCUGGCAGGGGAAGGGAGGGGAUGAACACUUUGGAGACACCGUGUCUGAACUGUUGCUUGUGGAUUUAUAGUAGUUCAGUCAUUAUAUACAAAAUUAUUAUAGGCUGAUUUUUCUUUUUUUACUUGAACUUUUCGUAACUCAGGGGAUUCCCUGAAAAUACCUACAGAUGGAAUACUUCUUGGACAGUUUUUCUUUCCCCCUGCCCCACCCCUCCCAAAAAAAAAAAACCACCAAAAAAAACAACAACAAAACAACUCUUCAUGUAAUAACAAAGAUGAAUCAACAGCAUUUCCAAGCUCUUGCAUCCUGCUGGAAAUCUCUUCUCUUCAUGUUCCCACCAUUAUUCCUCCACAAGCCUAUACCUUGGGGGACUGUGCUGUUCUCCAGAGACUACCAAACCAAGUCUUCAUGAGGCAGGGGAGGGGAUUUCUUAAAGUACCACUUACUUGAACCCCAUGUCCUGCAUAUGUCCCAGCCAGGGUACACUGAGGAGACAAUUCCAGUAGGGAGAGGUGGGAUAAGCUUAAAAGGAGUAAGUGCAGAUAGUGUCCAAAACCCUAAUUGGAUUGGGUAAUGUCUCCUUAGGAGUCAAUCAGAAUGCUAACUCACCCCUUGCAUGUAAUUUUAGUCUUAAAAAUGAAGUUACUGAUCCAGUUGGAGUCCUUGGCACCUCCUGAGACAGGUGCUCCUAUAGAGUAAGCCCUGCUCUGAUCAGCCCCUUUCUUGUGGAGGGUUCUUCCAGCCAUUGCUUGGCUUGGAUCUCUGGAAUUAGUUUGUUAUUGGGUAUAUUGUUUUUAAAUUGUUUCUAUAGGUUUCGAGCUGGUGGCUACUUAAAGCUGGAAAAAUCAGACUGCGCCAAGUCCGAUCCCACAUCUUCACCCACCAUCCCCUCCCUCACGUGCCAUGUGGUGAGAAUACCAGUUACCUCACAGUCUUGUAAAUAUGCACUGAGAGGAAGGAGCGAGGAGACGUUAACUUAAACUGAAAUGGUAGAUCAGUAAUUGUGGACAAAUAUUAUCAUUGACAACGGAAAAGCACCCUUGUUACAGCCCUGCUACCCCUUGCUGUGUAUAUAUACUUUGUCCUUCAUAUGUGAAAGAUCCAGUGUUGGAAUUCUUUGGUGUAAAUAAACAUUUGGUUUUAUU